AUUAAGAAUGAAAUAAGAUUACUUUCACUUUUGGGUCAACAUUAAAACUAUUACUCUUUAAAAUAUUUUUAUUUGUGAUACGCGAAGCGAAAGUGAACGAGCUUUUGCUAGUAUAUUAUUAUUCCUCUCGUGGAAUGUAAUUGUACUUCCCACCAUGCUUAGAGCUGCUUGAAACUUGUUUCAAAAUUGUCGCUUGCACAUAGUUUAUGGAAAUGGAAGUAGACCAGCUAGUUCGUUGACCACCUCCGUGAGGCACUGCCUUGGAGUGGAAGGCAAGGGAGGCUGUCAAAGACUUUAGGGGCUUGUCGUUGUCAACCUACUUCUCUUGCUUUUUUAUUUGGACUUCCCCUACUCCAUCUAAUUUGCUGCAUUUUAAAGGAGCCACCAAGACUCCCAUUGCCAUAUCCUCAAGCCCAUAUCAUGUCAUACAGACCAGAUACUGUUUCCACUGUGGUUAUGGAGGUUGCUGCAGAAUCACCCCGAGGCCCAGAUCUGUUAAGCUGCAGUUUACAAGAAGCAGAGGAACAAAGGGAGCUGAUAAACAGAGAAUAUCCAGAGGUUCUUAUGAAACUAGAAAAGCAGAAGGUAUGGAACAAACAAUUUUCAAAAAAAGUCUCUUUUCUGAUUGUUGUCAUUGCAGUACUAAUCAAACUCGUUUCCAAUGUUUCACCAGCUUGAAUAAGCCUCGAAAACAUGGUCCCUCUCCAAUCUGGAACGUCACAUUGAAUCAAUGAGAUGCACUGCUGCCUGCAGAAAGGAAAGACUGGACCCUCUCCAUCUUGCCAUGGACAAGCUGAGCUUCGCAAACAAUGCAUACCGAGACAAUGCCAUCAAGCAUUCAUUCUUAGAAGAGCAAGAAAUCGAUUACCGGAGAUUGAACUUCAAAAUGAAGCAUGGAAGGAAAAGCCUUCAGAUAGAGAGACGACUCCUGAGCGAAAUCAAAUCAAAGGAGGAAAAGGACAGCAACACUACUGAUUCGUUGCCGCCACUUGAAGUUAUUGAGUCCAAAAUCAGAGGAGCACAGUACAUGCUGAUCAGAUUCAGCACAGAUAUGGCUACGGGCAAAGACGGGGCUGGAGAUCAAGAGCUUCCCCGGCAGCUGAAACAGCUGGAAGUGGAGAGGGAGAAAGUUGUUGCUAACUGUGUUGUGGGGGGAAAGAUAUGGAGUUCUUUGGGUUCCAUAAAAACUAUCAAAGAAUAUAUUGAGGCAGAGCAUAAGGAAGCAGAGGAAUCAAAGGAAAAUCGCCGGAGGUUGCAGGUUGAGAUUAAGAGUGUUAGGGAAAGUUUGAAACGUCUGGAGGAAGGGCAUAGCUCAGUGCAGAGUCAGCUGAAUGAUCUGCGUACAAGAAAGCAACAAGUACGGGAGCAAAUUCUUGAUCUGAAGAAACAGCUCGCCAGACGUCCGACCAAAAAGAGAAGGAAAGAAAGAGUAAAAACCAGCAAGACGAAUCAACUGUAAUAGUUACAUUGUUGUAACUAGUGUAUGAAAUUUCCUGGCGCACUUAAAACUACUUGGCAGAGUACUUGCUUCUUUGAACGGGGGAUACAAAUACCAAGAUUUACGAGUUGGGGAGCUCUGCGCUGCACCAGAAUUAUCUCCCUUUAGACAAAGAAACAACCAAGUUUAUCCUUUCUUAUGGUGACUUACAAGUUAUCGUGGUGAUUCGGAUGCCACAUUUAUCAUGCUUCAAUGAAAUUGUAUAAUUACAAAAGGAAAUAAUAGUCAAGUGCUCCAAAAGAUUGUUCGACAGGUUGGUCAUUGCCUUAUUAGUGUUGGAACAAGAUUCCACCACAGAAAAUAAUUCAGUAUUUAAUAAAGACCAUGCUACCAUUUAACUCGAGUUAAUAUCAAUAUAAGCUUUCUAUACGUUGUUAGUUUAUCACUUUAAAGCCGGUGUAGCAAAUUUGUGUUUUUGUGUGCAUCUUGUCUUCAAUUCGGUCCACCUGCAUACCAAGAGAUUAGCCAUUUCUAUACGUGGUUAGUUUAUCACUUUAGAACCGGUGUAGCAAAUUCGUGUUGUUGUGUGCAUCUUGUCUUCAAUUCGGUCCACCUGCAUACCAAGAGAUUAGCCAUUUCUAUGGAUUGUGGAUACGAUUGGUUCUCGCGUCAACCUCUAUGUCAUAAUACAAAGCCAAUAUGUCCUGUUGAGGUAGGUAUAUUCCCUUACAUUCACUCGACCUAUGAAAACAAGCGAUCAACUGUUGUUUUUUCUCUAUAUUGAUGGAGUUCUUUUGUGAAUGUGUCAUCGGGUCAAUCGAGUUCUCGAAAGCGAUCAAUUCUCAUAGAAGCUAAGUUGUAUGAUGCUUCUGGCGGCUUUGGAACUUUUUUGAUAUUUUUCUUCCCCAGGUGUUGUAAGUGCAGUUUCUUCUCAUUUCUAACGAGGGAAUUCUAGCUUUUGCACUCAUAAGUCAUAAAACCCUAAAGUUCUUAGUUACUAAAAUUGAAAUAAUCAUUUUUUUUUAAAAACAUCAGAAAAGUUGCAGUUGCAGACACCCAAUUACCAUAAGGGGGUGCACUAAUUUGAUGACGAAUUCUGAGAUGGGCAGUUAACCCUGUUCCGCAUCCUUUUCAUUCAACACAACUAAUUAAUGAAAUAAAUAAUCAAGAAGUAA